AGGCUGCAGAAUGACGUCCAUGUUUUGCUCCAGCUCAUCCCAGCCUGGCGUGGGACAGGGAAGAGAAAUGGCUGCAGUGGAGUCAGUCCAGGGGCCGGUGACCUUCAAGGAGGUGGCUAUGUAUUUCACCAGGGAAGAGUGGGCUCUGCUGGACCCCACUCAGAGAGCCCUCUACUGGGAUGUCAUGCAGGAGAACUAUGAGACUGUGACCUCGCUGGGCCAGAGAAUAACAUCCAUGUUUCGCUUCAGAUCAUCUUGUCCUCCCAGGGUAUAA